AUGAUUACGACACGACGUGACGGCGAGGACGACCAAGACGAGGAUUUUGACGACGGUGAAGACGCUGACGGCAAACGAGUGGUACAACGCGGAGGAAGAAGAAGAAAAGAGAGACGAGUGUGUUCGGCGAAGCCUACCGACCGGCUAUUUGGAACACGGCCGAUCAGUUCCUUCGGCGCCGUGGACGCGAACACGCUAAACAUCGCCGAUUUUGUAAACCCGUGCCUCUCUGUUCUAGUCCAGGCGAAGGAGACCAAGUUGAAGAAUCCUGCGAGAAAUCACGCGACGCGCCAUUUUUUCAAAUCGGAAGAUUUUCGAGACAAUAACACGAGAGGAUAUCAGCAGCGGCACAAUGUCAGAGGGUUGCACAAGUUGCAGAGGCGCGAAUUAUGCGGGCAACACUUUACAAUUAGGCACGACUUCUGGUGGCAAUACCGGAAGCUCGUCGUCUACUUCCGGUGCGAACAGUACAAUCGCAAGAAGAGUCCAAGUUCGCGCAAAAGUGCUUUACGGUACGGGCAAAGCGAUAGCGAGCUUGCAAGCUCAAGAGAAAGCGGCCAGACAUUGACGAGCAUCAUCCUCUCUUCCCUGUCCUACGCAUUAUCAUCAAAGUCGGGGGAAGAAAACGAUAAAGCAGGACACCACACCAAUAAACAAACGACAAAUAACGAAGUGCAAAUUUCGGAGCAAUUGUUUUUCAAACGAACAAACACUCUGGAUAAUAAGGUAAAUAUUUCUGGCUGCAAUCUUUCAACCCCAGAUAAUCAGAAAAGUGCAAAUACUUUGUAUCCUGGCGCAACUAACUUGAAAUAUACACAGAAGUUGCUAAAGGAAAAGAUAGAAAAGGAAAUAGUAAAGGAUGCGUUGCAGCAGAGGGAUUCCGACAGAAUCACGAACAUUCGUGCAAAAGAAACGAAUCAGACGGGAAAUGAAAUCCGAUAUGAAUUUUUGAAUGCAUCGAGUAUCUCUGCAAGCUUCACGGUGACGAAACCGGUCGAAAGAGAAAAGAAAAAUGAAGACAACAAAGGGAUAGAAAAUAUAAAGAUUGAUCGAGAAGAAGAACCUUUGGUCGGACCACUGAAUAAUCUGGAUGCCAAAAAUAACAACGCAAAAAGUAGCACAUCGCGACAAGUAACAUUUUACGAAGAACAGAAUGACGACGAUCGAAAGAGAAAUAAAAAUUUUAAUAAAAGUGGCGACAUUUUUUUGGUAACGAAAGAACACUUUAAAAACUCGAACGAGAGUUUGAUACGAAUAAGCAAUGUGAUGGCUCAGAAUGUUCAUCCGAAAGUUGAAAAUCAAACUCUCGAAAGUCGCACUGAACAAGAAAACUGGAAAGCAGUAGAAGACGAUCUGAUGGAAGCUGCGAAUUUUGGAUUGCAAGCUAUGCACAAACUAUAUUAUAUUCAAGAACCGAAGUUAUAUUCGAUGGGUCUUUAUCUUGGGCACGAUAAUCCAGCGAGAUAUGUGGCGGCAUUUAACGAUCAAUUAAAGGAAGCGAGAGAUCUCGCAAAAUUCGGAUAUGCAACUCUUCAAGGUACCGCUAUGUUCUUAAAAAAAUUUCCCAACGCACCAUUAGAAUUACCUUUAUCCCGAACUAAGUUUACUCGUAGAACUUUGUUGGAACAACAAUGCCCACGAAGAGACCCACCUCAAUGCCCACCGGCUAGCUUAAGGUACAGAACAUCUGACGGUAGUUGUAAUAAUUUGCAGAAUCUCUGGUGGGGUUCCGCAAUGUCUACGAUGCAAAGAUUUCUACCACCGGAAUAUCACGACGGCGUUCAAAGCAUUAGAAGAUCGAAAAAUGGAAGACCACUUCCGAGUGCGCGAGAAAUCACAAACUUAAUUCAUGAAAAUAAAGAUGUACCUUUGGCAUCCGUUACUCACAUGUUAAUGCAAUGGGGACAAUUCGUAGAUCACGAUUUGACAGCUACCGGUCAAAGCAGAGGAUUUAAUGGCACAGUCCCGCAAUGCUGUUUGCAAAGAGGUGUCGGUUUUCAACCGCCAGAGUUCAUGCAUCCAGAAUGUCUACCGAUAGCAGUGAAUGUACGCGACAGCUUCUAUGGUCCUCUGGGCGUAAGAUGUUUAGAAUUCCUCAGAAGCGGACCAGCUCCUAGAGAGGAUUGCAAAUUCGGCCCCCGAGAACAACUCACCCAAGUGACCAGUUACCUCGAUGCUUCCACAGUUUAUAGUAGUAAUGCCGUACAUAGUGACAGUCUGAGGAUAUUCCGAAACGGCUUGCUGCAAUACGGAAGAAUUCAAUCGCGACGACCUUUGCUUCCAAGACGCGAAUCCGAUCUAUGCAAACGCGGAUCUUUGUCGACGACCUGCUUCCGAGCCGGUGACGGACGACUGAGCGAACAGCCUGCUCUUACAUCCCUACACAUCGUCUUCUUAAGAUUGCACAAUAGGAUAGCUACUGAACUAGCCGCCUUAAACUCCCAUUGGAGCGAUGAGAAACUUUUUCAAGAAACCCGAAGGAUCGUCGGUGCCGUAAUUCAACAUAUAACCUAUCGGGAAUUCCUGCCGAUCGUUCUUGGGCCUCAGGUGAUGAAAAUUUUUGAUUUAGAAGUUCUUAAAAAAGGUUACUACGAAGGAUACGAUCCGACUAUAAAUCCUACAGUUGCAAAUUCAUUUUCUACAGCGGCUUAUCGAUUUGGACACUCGUUGGUUCAGCAGAGCUUUAUUAGAUUUGAUAGCAAUCACAAGCCCAUAUUUAAUAAUGUCUCGAUCCACGACGAGUUUAUGAAUCCAACAAAUCUGGAGACGGCAGGAUCCGUCGACCGUCUUCUUCUAGGACUAGUGAAUCAACCGUGCCAAAGGAGGGACGAAUUUAUAAGCGCAGAAGUGACGAAUCAUCUCUUCCAAACCCGUGGCUUCCCAUUCGGUAUGGAUCUGGCCUCUCUGAAUAUUCAACGAGGCAGAGAUCACGGUUUGCCACCUUACGUGCGAUGGCGCGAGCCUUGCAGCUUGUCGCCGAUAAAAGGCUUCGAGGAUCUCGACAGAGUGAUGUCGCCGGAAAUUGUGAGGAAAUUCAGAUCGUUAUACCCGUCAGUGGAAGACGUCGAUCUCUUUUCGGCCGGACUGGCGGAAAGAUCGGUGGCCGGCGGCCUGGUCGGUCCAACCUUCGCCUGCAUAAUCGGCCAGCAGUUCAGUAACCUACGACGCGGCGAUCGAUUUUGGUACGAGAAUGCUGAAAGCGAAAGCAGUUUCACCGCCAGUCAGCUGCAGCAGAUUAGACGGAUCACUCUGGCCCAAGUGCUGUGCAAAACGAUGGACGGCAUCGAGACCAUACAGCCGUUUGUCUUCCUCGCGACAGAUACGUUGAAGAACCAACGUCUCUCCUGCAACGAUCCGAUUAUUGGACAAUUAAAUCUCGAAUUUUGGGCCGAACGACCAUCUGAAUUUAGAAGCGUCGACGAUCCGCAAAAGAGUCAAGUGACCGACAAUGGUGAUUCGAUUUCCAGAUCGAAGGAAAACAUUAACUCGAGGAAGAAAACCGGCCAUCAGCAACCAACGAAGAUUGUACCUCAGCAGCCUUUCAAAGAGAGCAUUAAUCAGGAAAAUACAAUCGUCCUAAAAAGACCGAUUGGACGUCCAGAAAACAACAAUGUCACGAUCGUGGUCCAGAACAACGCCGUGAACGCGCCUGUUUUCGUGAACGAGGGCAUUUACAAUUCGCACGUCAAAAUACAGCCUGGUCCCAAACCGAUUACGAAUCCCAAUCAACCUGUGAACAAUUAUCCCCCGUAUUUCCGACCGCAUGCAAAACCUAUACCCACGGCAAUUCCUCAUGCGGCAAGUAAUCCGUAUGUUCCCCACGCUUUCGGCGAUCCCAGUAAUCCAAAUCCGCUCGCUUACGGAUUCAAAUCCCCUGCGUUCGUGCAAGAAGGCAUCAUCUAUGACAAUUAUUUUCCCACAAGCCCGAGGCCCACUCUCUACACUUAUUACACGAAUUUUCAGCAGAAAACUACGCAACAUUCUACGCAGAUUCCCGAUCGCGAGAUCGACGGUUAUUUAAUUAAUUACGGAUCCUCGUAUAAUAAUAAACAUGAUUCGCAUCCGCACGAAAGGCCGAAACCUUCGAUCAAUUCUGGACAUCAUUACGCAUUGAACGACGAACAGAAACCUAAUUAUGCUAAUUCUAAACCUCCGGUAAACGUGUGGCCGAAUUUUCAACCGAAUUAUGCAUCGAAUGACGAAUCUUAUCAUACGCGCAAGCCAAGUUACGAUGAACAUAAACCUUCAACCAUACGACCGAAUUUCCGACCGAAUUAUGAGUCAAACAACGAAGCGUAUUAUGGACAAAAACCAUCUAUUGUAGAUUAUAAUAAAUCUAAACCUUUAGCCAACUUACGACCGGACGAUAAAUUAGAAAAACCGGUUUAUGGUGGAUUUGUGCCUCCAGCAAAUUUGCGACCAAAUUCAAAACCGAAUUAUCAAUUAUAUGGCGCACAAAAGCCAGGCACUGUCGAAAAUUUACAGAAUAAACCGAAUAAUAAUUAUCAGAUCAAUCUGAAUAAACCGCAACAACAGGAACAAUGGAACUCGAAUAAUUAUCAUGUGAGACCUGGCGAGAGACCAUACGAUUACGAUGAUCCUAAUACACAUCAUAAAAGGCCAAGUGUUAAACCACUAAAUUAUAACAUUAAUGACUCUCAUCAAACAGCAUCGAGUAACGGACCGAAUAAUGAAUAUAAUUCUCAAUUUUCGAACAAAGAUUCGUUAAAUUCUAACAAGGAUUUCUUGCAAGAUAGACUGUAUGGAUUUAUUACAAAUUCUAGAACAAGUACUCCUCCUUCGUAUCAAAAAGAUACAUUUACAAAAUCGAAUAAUUCAAAUAAUAAUUAUAAUCGAUAUUCCAAUACGACUUUGAAUUAUCAAAAGAUACCAUCAUCCACUCAAAGUAAUUGGAUGGAUGUUUCAUAUUAUAUAACAGAAAGUAGUACUCGACCUCUUCAAAACGAUUAUUUUGAUUCACAUAAUUCUCCGUUCAAUCAGAAAUUGACAAAUUAUCCGAUCCAUCAAAAAGACAAUCAAUCUUCAUCGUCUUUUAAUUCAAAAGAAUCUGUCGAUAAAUCGCCCGUUCUUUCUACUGUGGAUCCAUAUGAAUAUGAUAAUUCUUACAAAAAUCCUACGAAAUCAUCUGAUUUAAAUGGACAAUUAUCAUCCAGUACUCCAUAUUGGUUAGAAACUUCAACAAAUGAUUUUCAAAUACAUAAAAAAGAGGGAAAUCUCAAUUCAAAACCAACAAAAAUACAAAGCGUAACAAUUGUCACUGAAACACUCGAAACUGUCCAUCAUCCUGGUCAUUCCGGAUACAUAUCUUCACAUAAAGUUACCACCGAAAUUCCGAGGCCGUUGGAACAACAAAUAAAAACAAACGCGCCAAUUAUCAAAAAACCCGGACAAUAUUAUUACGAAAAGAACGUGUUAUAUCGAUAUCCGGACGAAAUAAUUUCCGAUCAAAUUCCCAAAAGUAAUCAUUAUUCGGUUGGCGAAUCUGAGAAAGCAUUUGUUCGAGAAAAUCGGGAAACAACACCCGAGAAUAUCGUAAUGAAAACAUCAAUUGUCGAUGUGCCCAUAACAAAGUCUAAAGUCAUUCAAGACAAUGAAAGUAAAUUGACGACAACACCUAUGCUCGUAAACACUGAUUAUAAUAAUAACGGAGGGGACAUAGUGAGCGAUCUUCAACAUACUUUCUCGAAAGAUAUCGAAAGUGUUGCACCAGCUGAUAUUUCUAAUAGGAUGAAUCAUUGGGCGAAUCCUCAAGAAGAUCUGAAUUUAUCGUCGAUAUCGGAAAUGCCCGAAAUUCCAUCCGAUAAAUUUGCAGACGUUAAGGACUUACCUAAACCCAUUAAAUCGAAGAUUUACGUUAUUUAAAGUCUACGCUUCUUAAUUCGUUUUUUAUUUCCGAACGAAACCGUUUUGAAAAGUUUUAUAACUCUGCUUAUUACUUAUUAAUGAAUAUCAUUCUAUUCCUUAAAAACUUUGAAAAAAAUAUGGUGCUAUGAAUUUAUAUUAUAGAA